GAGCGUCUAAAUAAAAAGGAUUCAGUUGACACUUUUUUCCAAGAUCCCUCUGAUCAAAGGUCAACUAAAUUUAUCGAGAAACUUCGAGAAUCAGAAAUAAUAAGAAACGAAUCCAACAAAACACACCAUGAGGAGGAUAAAGUUGAAUCUGAAUUGCAGAACUCCUUUUCGGCACCUAACGAUAAUGAUUCGGAAUAUAUACCAAGCGACACUGACGAAUCAACUUCCGAUGAAUUAAUUGAGGAUAAUGAUGAUUUGGAUUGCAAUGAUCCUCCAAAAAUCGACAAGGUGGCUUUUCGGAAGACUCAUGAUGCUAUCCCGGACAUCACGAAGUUGAAAUUGAGCACAGGAAAAAUAGUGGAGGAUAUUCUUUUUAAUUUUUGUAAAGACAUGGAUUAUGAACAAAUGGAAAGAAUUAACAAAGAUCGAAUUGGGGUUCCGAUUAUUUCACACGACAUUAUAAAAGAUUUACGCACAAUAACGAUGAAAUCAUUUCUUGAAGAAGAAAAAUACGACAUUCGUAAACACUACGAUAACGAAUGGAUUCAAUUGGCCAUUCGAACACUUGCAAAUCUAUAUGAAAAUAUGGCUUCCCCUCUAAUAAGAACACAAUACGAACAUUGGUUUACAGUUACACUUCUUGGAACGAGCAUUGACUUCUGCCUUUGGGACAUUCGAUUGGGGACUGAUAUUAAAAGAAUUGAUGCACCGUCAUCAAGUAGUGUUAACCGGAAGAAUCGAAAUCGAAAAGCAAAUACACGUAAAAGAAAGCUCGUUGGCCGUAAAAUUGACGGAAUAAUAUAUACAACUGAUGAGCUUCUUGAAUUUGGAGCCAUAGAAGGUGCAAGGUCCUUUAAGGGUGUCUCAGACAAUAAAUAUCUCAAUGAAGAGUUCAAAAUUCCAAAGACUCUUCGAGGUAUGUAUUCCGAUUUGAUCAGAGCUGUAAAUUAUGACGACCAAAGAGCAAACAAACUCCAAGUAAUUGGUAUCCUACACCUUGGAUUAUGGAUUCAAUUUGUAAGAUUAUGGCGUGCCGGAGGGUCGAUUUGCAUUUUUCGCAAAGAUCCCCAAUCUUUCAACAUACAUAGCAAAUUCUCCAAAAAAGGAUUAAGAUCCUUCCUUAAAUUUCUAGUAAGAAUAUAUCAAUACAAGAAUAACCUACAAGUUCUGGAUAUUCUGAAUGAUGACGACAACAAUGAUGAUUUGUUAAAAGAAUUAAACGAACAAUGUUCUACUCCGCCUCCUGCAUCAAUUCAAUUUUUUGCUGAUUGUGAGAACACCCCUAAGAAAAAAAGGACUAAUUCGAAAGAAAAGAAUCCAAGGCAGAAAAAAAUAAAAUCGAAUCAUCCGUAA